GAGGGAGGCGAGGAACUACUUAGAGAGGAGACGCAUCAUCUGUGCAGUGGUGGAAGCAACAUCUCACAGUUGCAGUCCGACAGCACAGCAAGCAGCAUUUUCCCUUUUGUGUCUGACACUGUGGCUCCGUGACGCGGCGAUGUGGAUUUACACGCUCAUUGUCGGACUCUUCGUCAUUUCUUAUUCUGAGGGCAAAAGAAAUGCACUCCAGGACUACCAGAAGACUGAUGCUGUACGGCUGGUUGUUGUGUCUCCCGAUUCCUCUCCGCUGACCAAAAGCAAGAAGCUGAGCAUGGCAAAGUGUGCCAAAGUCUGCAGCCGCAACAGAAGACUUCCGUUCAGCUGCAGAGCAUUCCUCUAUGAUCAUAACAACAGGAAAUGCCAGUGGCUGUCGUUUGACAGUAACUCACCAGGAGCUCUGAGUCAACAGGACUUCAACUACCAGCUGUAUCAAAAGAAAGACUAUGUGAGGCAGUGCAUUGUGGGUACAGGGGAGAGCUACAGGGGGCAGAGGUCGGUGACAGUGAGCGGGAUCCUGUGCCAGGUCUGGGCCUCUCCUAUUCCCCAUGAACACAAAUUCAUGUCUAGAUUCAGGAAAAAGGAUCUCAGAGAAAACUACUGUCGCAACCCAGACAACUCCACCAUUGGCCCAUGGUGCUUUACCACUGACCCACGGCCACACCUCAGACACCAGGAGUGUGGCAUACCACAGUGUUCACAGGUUGAGUGUAUGAACUGUAAUGGGGAAGAUUAUAGAGGACCCAUGGACCACACAGAAAGUGGAAAGGAAUGCCAGCGCUGGGACCUGGAUGAUCCACACAAACACCUGUACCACCCCAAAAUGUACCCUGACAAGGGCCUGGAUGAUAACUAUUGUAGAAACCCAGACGGACGCCACAAACCCUGGUGCUUUACCACGGACCCAAACACACCCUGGGAGUACUGCAACAUCAAAGUUUGUGAAACGUCUCCUCAAAGUAAUGUGGUGGAAACAACCGAGUGUUACCAGGGCAGAGGAGAGGGAUAUCGGGGGACAGUAGACGUGAUGCCCAAUGGGCUCAUCUGCCAACGCUGGGACUCCCAGUACCCCCAUAACCACACAUUCAUACCUCAAGCCUACCCCUGCAAAGACUUGAGAGAAAACUACUGUCGGAAUCCAGAUGGCCAAGAAUUCCCGUGGUGCUUCACAACGGACCCAAGAGUCCGCACAAUGUUCUGCACCGACAUCCCGCAGUGCGGCACCCAAAACAAGCCUAUCAGUGAAUGCCAUGAAGGCUUUGGGGAGAAUUACCAAGGAGAGCAGUCAAGGACGAGAUCAAACCUGCCCUGUGCUCCUUGGAGAGACCACAGCAACAGUGGCGAAAGGGGCAUGCUGACGGCUGGCCUGGAGGGCAGCUACUGCAGAAACCCUGAUAAAGACAAGCAUGGUCUUUGGUGUUACACCAACAACUCGGCCCUUCCCUGGGACUACUGUAAUAUCAAACCAUGUGAUACUUCACAGAACACCAUUCCACUGGGUGAGCUGUCCUCAGUGGGGUGUUUUGUCCAUAAAAGAACCAGGAUUGUGGGCGGAGGUCCAGUGGGCAUAUCAGACGGCAGCUGGAUGGUCAGCAUACAGAAAGGGUCGCAGCACUGGUGUGGAGGUUCACUAAUACGAGAGGAGUGGGUACUCACUGACAGACAAUGCUUCUCCUCAUGUGUUCCAGACCUCAGUGAGUAUCGGGUGUGGCUGGGAGUCUCAGAUAUUCAAGAAGGCACUCCUGACUGGUCCAAGAGACAGGAAGUGAACAUAGCUCAUGUGAUAUGUGGUCCUGAGGGCUCCAGUUUAGCCCUCAUAAGGCUGUCCAAGCCUGCCCUCCCUGCAGACAAUGUCCAUACACUUCAGCUCCCCGUGGCAGGGUGCUCCAUCCCAGAAGGAACAAUAUGUAAAAUGUAUGGAUGGGGGGAGACAAAAGGCACUGGCCAUGAUGACUUACUGAAGGCGGUCGACCUGCCGAUUGUUAGUAAUGUGAGGUGCAGAGAAAUGCACCGAGGGAACCUCCACAUCACCAACACCAAGAUCUGUGCAGGAGGCAAGAGAAAUGAGGGAGUGUGUGAGAGGGAUUACGGCGGUCCUCUCGUGUGUCAGGAUGGUGAGAUAAGGGUUAUUGUGGGAGUGAGCGUUCAUGGCAGAGGCUGCGCUCGGGCCAACCAGCCUGGCAUUUUCAUCAAUGUGCCCUUCUACACACAGUGGAUCUACAAGGUCUUCAAAUAUUACCCCAACCGAGAGAUCAUCUAGAGACUCAAUAGAGAUUAGAUCAAACCCAGAGCCUCUACUUCUGUAAAUCCAGCUGUGCACUCAGGACACCUGGUUUUCAUGCUGUCCAUACCUGCAUAGCCCACGAUACAAACAUGACCAAAGCACUCUGAAUGUUGAUGCAUGAGGAAACACUGUGAUUUAAACACUUAGAAAACAGAUCCCUUGAGUUGGGAGCAGGCAAGGCAAACAUUUGGUUUCAUUAAUUUGACAUGGUUCUCUUUUGGUAGCAAAUUCACCAGAGUGGCAUGUGUGUAUGUGAAUACUCUUGAUUCCUGGUUUUACUUGAAUGCUUUAACACCAAAGUGCAGUGGUUUAGCCGCUCCUUUUGAAGAGUACAUCAAUGGGCCACUUAAAAAACAUGGUAGGGCAAUGUGAAGGGCACUCUUGUCAAGCUUCAUCCAUAUCCAGGGGACUUAGAUAAAGUGGUCCUUACUGUACAUAUCAUUUUAAUGAGUGUAUUUGUGACACUCCGAAUGUAAUUUGGGUCUUAUAGAUCUAUAAUGAGAGGAAUUAAUGGUGUGUUAGGCAGAUAAAUAAUAUGACGUACCGAAAAAACAAAAUUAACUCAAUUUUCAGUAUUUUAAUGUUAUCACAAAGCCAUUGACUGUAUAUAUGAAUGGGCUCUUCACAUUUUGUGGCGAUGAAAUGCAUUUUUAGCUGGCCAACUUUAAAGGAUUUGAUAAAAAAGCUGAACAUGAAACAUUACUGUGUACACACAAGUUAUUUCUAUACAUCAUCAAAUAUUUCCUUUAAACUCAUGUGUUAAUUAAUUGUGUAGGUGUGUGUUCGAGUGUGUGUGUGUGCGUGUGUAGUUUUUCUGGAGCAGUGUCAAAGAAAACUGCAGAAGGGUUGUGUGUGUGUGUGUGUGUGUGUGUGUGUGUGUGUGUGUGGUUAAGCCACAGCUGAAUGAAUUAUCCCCCACACUCAUCUGCAUUAUGUUGAUUGAGAAAACAUUUCUGUUUGUAUGUGUAUGCACUGAAAGAUGCUGCAAGCUGCGAUAUUCUACAGGUUGUACAGUACUGUCAUCUGUUCUCUGUAUAAUGUACAUUCACUAUACAUUUCAUGUAAUUUUAUCCAAUAUGCUAAAUGUUAAACUCAAUUUCAGCAAUUAUUUUAAAUGUUUUUAUGAUGUAUGUCACUAUAUUAAAUGCUUUUGUUAAAUCUA